UAGUCGCUUCUUGGGAUUGGCAAAACUUUAAAGCUUGAGUGAUUUAUAGCCUAAAUGUGUUCUUAAUUUGUGAGUUAGUGUCUCGUUGUAGUAUAAACAGGAUUGACAUCAUUCUUGAGAGAUGGGAACUCAAGUCUAGUCUUUUUUAUUAGGUAUAUAGAUUAUAGGGUGCUAGGUCAGUUCUUAUAGUUCAAAGCGAGAAAUAUCACUGAACUAGAUCUAGAUCUUCUGAGCUACUUAUUAUACAGUUUAUUAACUCCAUCUAUUAUGUAUACAUAUUAUAAAUAACUCUUCCCUUCUUCUCGAAGAUCUACACAUUUUAAUUUCCCAUGAACUCAAGCAUAGCCAUAAGGAUUUAAUUUGGUCUUCUGCAGUGUCUGACCAGAAUAUUUUUCCAGGUUUUCCAGUCAGAUCCCACAAUGGCAUUGAAGUCAUCAAGUAUGUUGAGUUGUAUCCGUUUAAGGUGUUUUAUUUAUUAUAGAGUUUAGAUGUUGUCUUGGUUGGCCAUAGUCGGGGUAUAGGCGCUUAUUAGAGUUGCUUGUCGCCUUCAGGUCAGGGGUAGGCUUAUAGUCAAAAGGCAGUCAUUUAUAUCUUUUGGUAACCCUGCUAGCUUGUUGACUAUAACUAAGACUAAAGCUAAGACUACAUAAUUUGAGACACAACAUAAAGAGUUCAAUGAGCGACUGACUACACAUGGCAAUGUCAGCAUUUUAUCUGCCUAUCUCUCUUGUGCAAAUAUGAGUGCGAUAUUUGGGACGGUUGGCUUCAGUACGGUCAAUAAGAGUACGGGCAUUCCAGACGCCGAGUGUGAUUUCAUAAGCGUUUAAUGUUUCUUCUUGAGAUUUAGAUUUGUUCUAUUUUUCAAGUAUAAACGGGAGUUUCCGCAGUCACCUGUCUGUACCAUUGGAGAGAGGUGUUUAAGACACAUUUACUAGCCCCUUUCUCGUGCUAAGGAGAAUGAGUCAAAAUCAAUGUCAAAAAGAUCCUUUUAAAAUCUACGUAAGAAAUCUUCCAGAUGAUUGGAAUGAAAACAAUCUGCUCACUCUUUGCCUUCCUUACGGAAACAUUGUUAAUAUUGAGAUUCCAAGAGAUGAGGACGGCCAUUCAUUACAUCAUGCGUAUGUAACCUUUAAAAGUGAAGAUGAAGCAAGCUACGCAGUAUUUAGGCUUGAUAAAAUCGUUGUGUCUGGAAGGGAAAUUCGCGUUAAAUUGUCAAAUCUAUCUAAACCACAUCAAAUUAAAUCCUGUAAACAGUCACCACAACCUCCUGUCGAAAUGUCCAACCAGUUGCAGCAAUCUCCUGCUGAAUCAUCAAACCUUUCCCGACAGCCUAAUGAUGCCAGCCGAAAAAUCAGACAUGAAAAAACUGUUCGGAAACAUAGAAGACUAGGAAGUGUUCUGCUCAGACUUUUGAAGAUCGCUUUGUACGCUUUCUUUGCGCUUUGCCUAGCAGUCCUCGGUAUCCUAGUCAUAAUAUUGCUUAGAAUAUCACGACUCCUACGCAGGCUGGCACGCAGACAUUGAUCGUUUGUCUUUUGUCAUGAAUGUCUGUCUCUUACUUAUGAAUGCAUGUGCAUGUCUAGUGAAUAUCUUUGUGAUGAAAUUCUUUCUUUUAAAUGUUCGUUUCAUAGGUCUAUCUUGGAUUUUCUCGAUUCUAAUGCUGGCAUCAUCUUUAAAGGAUCAUGCUAAACUAGUCACAUAUUUAUUGGAGUCUGGGGCAGACUACACUCCAAUGGAUUGCUAUGGUCAAAAUGCCCUUUAUUACGCAGUAAACCUUGGGUUAAAAAAUACUGUAGAAGUUUUUCUAAAAUUUCCUAUUGAUGUCAAUGUACCAUGCUCUUCUACUGGCUUGACUGCUUUGCAUCUUGCAGCCAAGAACAAUGACACAGAUAUGUUAUGCUUGCUAGAGGGCUACAAAGCUGAUUUGGAAGUGGAAGACACACACGGAAAUACUGCUUUGAUGAACGCAUUAAAGAGUUCAGGAAAAGUAAAGGACUCCAUUCUGUUCUUAUUGGAUGCAAGUUUAAAUAUUAACCACCAGAACAAAGAUGAUGAGCUGCCGAGAUGUCAAUGACAGGGGUAGUAACACUGCUGUUUGAGAAAGGAGCUGAUUUGGGCAUCAGAAAUUAUGUAAAUAAUAGAAAUGGUGUUGAGAUUAUGCUGGAUAGUAUUGCCCCUCGCACGAUCUUCUGCAAUGAAAAACUGAUCACAUGUACCGACAAUUUAUUAACAAAAGGUGGACUGGAUGUCUAUGUUGAAAAAAGUACUUCUGUUUUUUAAUCUUAGAUAACGAGGUGAAUCUUGUUCAGAGACUUAUUUAUUGCAGUGUUUGUCCCAUGGACAUUUCUGAAUGUACGUUGAAAGAAAACCGAUACACCUUUCGUUCCCCGGCAAAGACAUUUUCUCCAUUCUGGUACGCUCUGAUGAUCAAUAAUCUACAACUUGCUAGGUACUUUAGAAACAUUUCCUUUUUAACAUUUCCUGAUUGCUGUUAUCAGCAAUAUGUUACUAGCAGGAAUCAUUUGGUGGCGAAAAAAAUACAAGCAAUGUCUUGAGUUCGUGUAUUAACUUUGUAGCAAGUCUUUAAAGGAUUAAACGAUUUGAUG